AUGGCCGAUACAGCUACUAUCGACACUCUUGCUACCUCUCCGAUCAAGGAGCGUCAGGGUUCUCUGGAGAAUGCUCUGGCACAUCGCCCCGACCAGAAAGAGCUCGAGGAAAGAAACAUCCUGCACACCGGGGCGGAAAUCUCUGAACGCCAACAAGAACUUGCGAGAGCUAUGGCCCACAGGCCAGAGAAAGAUGACCUUGUGCAGCGGAAUAUUUUACCUCACAACGCCAAUGUAGCACCAGCACUCAUUGCACACCAACGGGAGCUGGAGAAAAGCAUGCUCGAGCGUGAUCUGAAGGAGAAACUUUCGCACCGUCCAGAGCCUCAAGAGGUUAUCCAAAAGGGCAUCUUGAGACCCGACGAAGACCCAACCAAGCCUCGAGCGUAGGAACCGAUUCCGGAUUCGAUAAACCUCAGACUCCAUUGCUUGCCUUACCUUGGGCACUCUUGUACUAAAUGCUAGCCCUACCCAGCGGCCGAAAGAUCUAUUUAUCAUAUCGUAUCGCACUGGGCGUUUCAAAUGUUUUUCCUUCUCUCAGGGGUUUGUCAAUUUCUGAUGCCCGACGUCAAUACCCUAAAGAUAUUCGCGUUUGGCAGGAAAGGAUAUUGAUUUGAUGAGGAGCCCCAUGUGCUCGAUUAUCCCAGUGUGAUCAUCUCUCUUUACGAAAUCCAAUGCUUAUCUUGUUAUUUCCAAUCGAUACCUAAUGACCCAGA